AUGCAGUUAGUAUCCUGGGCCACACUGCUAACGCUCCUGGUGCCGGACCUGGUUGAGAUGAGGAGCCCUGACUCCGCGGCGGCCGUGCGCAAGGACAGGCUGCACCCGAGGCAAGUGAAAUUAUUAGAGAGUCUGAGCGAAUAUGAGAUCGCGUCUCCCAUCCGAGUGAACCCCCUCGGGGAACCCUUUCCCACGAACGUGCACUUCAAAAGAAGGCGACGAAGCAUUAACUCUGCCUCUGACCCCUGGCCUGCCUUCGCCUCCUCCUCGUCUUCCUCUACCUCUUCCCAGGAGCAUUACCGCCUCUCAGCCUUCGGCCAGCAGUUUCUAUUUAAUCUCACCGCCCAUACCGGAUUUAUCGCUCCACUGUUCACUGUCACCCUCCUUGGAGAGCCAGGGGUGAACCAGACCAAACUGUAUUCCGAAGAGGAAAUGGAACUUAGGCACUGUUUCUACAAAGGCCAUGUCAAUACCAAGUCCGAGCACACUGCGGUCAUCAGCCUGUGCUCCGGAAUGAUGGGCACGUUCCGGUCUCAUGAUGGAGAUUAUUUUAUUGAACCACUGCUGUCCGUGGAUGAGCAAGAGGAUGAAGAAGAACAAAACAAACCCCACGUUAUUUAUAGGCGCAGCACCCCUCAGAGGGAACCCUCCACAGGAAAGCAUGCCUGUGACACCUCAGAACUCAAAAAUAGUCACAGUAAAGACAAGCGGAAAACCAGAAUGCGGAAACGGAGAAAGAGGAAUAGCCUGGCUGACGAUGUGGCACUCUUAAAGAGUGGCUUGAACACCAAGGUGUUCUCUGGAUAUAGCAACAGGACAAACAGCACAAGGGACAGAAGGAAUCACAAAAGAACCAAACGCUUUCUGUCCUAUCCACGGUUUGUAGAAGUGAUGGUAGUGGCUGACCACAGGAUGGUUUUAUACCAUGGAUCAAACCUUCAACAUUAUAUUUUAACCUUAAUGUCAAUUGUAGCUUCUAUCUAUAAAGACUCAAGUAUUGGAAAUUUAAUUAAUAUUGUUAUUGUGAACUUAGUUGUGAUUCAUAAUGAACAGGAAGGACCUUACAUAAAUUUCAAUGCCCAGUCAACAUUAAAGAACUUUUGCCAGUGGCAGCAUUCCAAGAGCCACUUGGGUGGGAUUCAGCAUGACACAGCCGUUCUGGUCACAAGGGAGGAUAUCUGCAGAGCUCAGGACAAAUGUGACACCUUAGGUCUUGCUGAAUUGGGAACCAUUUGUGACCCCUACCGAAGCUGUUCCAUUAGUGAAGACAGUGGGUUGAGCACAGCUUUCACGAUAGCCCACGAACUGGGCCAUGUGUUUAAUAUGCCUCACGAUGACAGCAAUAAAUGCAAAGAAGAAGGUGUUAAGAGCCCCCAGCAUGUCAUGGCACCAACACUGAACUUCUACACCAACCCCUGGAUGUGGUCCAAGUGCAGUCGGAAAUACAUCACUGAGUUCUUAGAUACUAUUAAUAAAGCUUUCGAUUUUAUCGAGAUUGUGGAGUCUCGAAGACUUGCUAGUAGAUUCUGCAAAUUCAUUAUUGGCCCAGCUCUGCUGUCUGUGCCCCAUUUCCACUCCUUAUUUUUCCAACACUGCAAGUUCGGAUUUUGUGUUCCCAAAGAAAUGGAGGGCCCUGCAAUAGAUGGAUCCUGGGGAAGUUGGAGUCACUUUGGGACCUGCUCAAGAACGUGUGGAGGAGGCAUCAAAACAGCCAUCAGAGAGUGCAACAGACCAGAGCCAAAAAAUGGUGGGAAGUACUGUGUAGGGAGGAGAAUGAAGUUCAAAUCCUGCAACACUGAGCCCUGCCAGAAGCAGAAGCGAGACUUCCGUGAGGAGCAGUGUGCUCACUUUGAUGGCAAGCACUUCAACAUCAAUGGUCUGCUUCCCAGUGUACGCUGGGUCCCUAAGUACAGUGGAAUUUUGAUGAAGGACCGAUGCAAGUUGUUCUGCAGAGUGGCAGGAAAUACAGCCUACUACCAGCUCCGAGACAGAGUGAUUGAUGGAACCCCCUGUGGCCAAGACACAAAUGACAUCUGUGUCCAAGGCCUUUGCCGGCAAGCUGGAUGUGAUCAUAUUUUAAACUCAAAGGCCCGGAAAGAUAAAUGUGGGAUUUGUGGUGGUGAUAAUUCUUCAUGCAAAACAGUGGCAGGAACCUUUAACACAGUCCAUUAUGGUUACAAUACUGUGGUCCGAAUUCCAGCUGGUGCUACCAGCAUUGAUGUACGGCAGCACAGCUUCUCAGGGAAGUCUGAGGAUGACAACUACCUAGCUUUAUCAAACAGUAAAGGUGAAUUCCUGCUAAAUGGAGACUUUGUUGUCUCCAUGUCUAAAAGGGAGGUCCGAGUGGGAAGUGCCGUCAUUGAGUACAGCGGAUCUGACAAUGUGGUGGAAAGACUGAACUGUACGGACCGGAUCGAGGAAGAACUUCUCCUUCAGGUGUUGUCCGUGGGAAAAUUGUAUAACCCAGAUGUGCGGUACUCAUUCAAUAUUCCAAUUGAGGACAAACCUCAACAAUUUUACUGGAACAGUCAUGGGCCGUGGCAAGCAUGCAGCAAGCCCUGCCAAGGGGAGCGGAGACGAAAACUUGUUUGCACCAGGGAGUCUGAUCAGCUAACCGUUUCUGAUCAAAGAUGUGACCGGCUGCCCCAGCCAGGACCUGUCACUGAAGCGUGCGGCACAGACUGUGACUUGAGGUGGCACGUUGCCAGCAAGAGCGAAUGCAGUGCCCAGUGUGGUUUGGGGUACCGUACGUUAGACAUCCACUGUGCCAAAUACAGCAGGGUGGACGGGAAGACGGAGAAGGUGGAUGACAGUUUUUGUAGCAGUCAACCCAGACCAAGCAACCAGGAGAAAUGCUCAGGGGAGUGCAGCACAGGUGGAUGGCGCUAUUCAGCCUGGACCGAUUGUUCUAAAAGCUGUGAUGGCGGUACCCAGAGAAGAAGAGCAAUUUGUGUCAACACUCGUAACGACGUCCUAGAUGACAGCAAAUGCACACACCAGGAGAAAGUCGUUGUACAGAGAUGCAAUGAAUUCUCCUGUCCCCAUUGGAAAACAGGAGACUGGUCAGAGUGCUUGGUCACCUGUGGGAAAGGGCAUAAGCACCGCCAGGUCUGGUGUCAGUUUGGCGAAGAUCGAUUAAGCGAUAGAAUGUGUGACCCUGAGGCCAAGCCGGAGCCUACGCAGAUGUGUCAGCAGCCAGAGUGUGCAGCCUGGCAGGCGGGUCCCUGGGGACAGUGCAGUGUCACUUGUGGACAGGGAUACCAGCUAAGGGCAGUGAAGUGCAUCAUGGGGACUUAUAUGUCAGUGGUCGAUGACAAUGACUGUAAUGCAGCAACUAGGCCAACCGACACGCAGGACUGUGAAUUACCAUCUUGUCACCCUUCCAUACUGUCCCUGGAACCAAGGAGAAAUGCACACAGUGUACCCAGAACCCAAUGGCGAUUUGGGUCUUGGACUCCAUGCUCAGCCACUUGUGGAAAAGGUACCCGGAUGAGAUACGUCAGCUGCCGGGAUGAGGACGGUUCUGUGGCUGAGGAGAGUGCCUGUGCUACUUUGCCUAAACCAGUAGCCAAGGAAGAGUGUUCUGUGACACCCUGUGGACAGUGGAAGGCUCUGGACUGGAGCUCUUGUUCCGUGACUUGUGGGCAAGGUAAGGCAACCCGACAAGUGGUGUGUGUCAACUACAGCGACCAGGUGAUUGAUCGGAGUGAGUGUGACCCAGAUUAUAUCCCAGAGACUGAGCAGGACUGCUCCAUGUCACCGUGCCCUCAAUGGACUGGCUUGGCUCACCCAUUUCAAAACGAGGACUUCCGCCCCAGGAGUGACAGCCCUAGCCGCACCCACGUGCUUGGAGGAAACCAGUGGAGAACCGGCCCCUGGGGAGCAUGUUCUAGUACCUGUGCCGGAGGCUCCCAGAGGCGAGUUGUGGUGUGUCAGGAUGAAAACGGAUACACAGCCAACGACUGUGUAGAAAGAAUCAAACCCGAUGAGCAAAGAGCCUGUGAGUCUGGCCCGUGUCCCCAAUGGGCUUAUGGCAGCUGGGGAGAGUGUACCAAGCUGUGUGGUGGAGGCAUGCGGACAAGACUGGUGGUCUGUCAGCGGGCCAAUGGUGACCGCUUCCCAGAUUUGAGUUGUGAAGUCCUCGACAAACCUCCUGACCGUGAGCAGUGCAACACACACGCUUGCCCACAAGAUGCUGCGUGGAGUACUGGCCCAUGGAGCUCGUGUUCUGUCUCUUGUGGUCGAGGGCAUAAACAUCGAAAUGUUUACUGCUUGGCAAAAGAUGGAAGCCAUUUAGAGAGUGAUAACUGUAAGCACCUUCCUAAGCCACAUGGGCACAGAAGGUGCCGAGGAGGACGGUGUCCCAGAUGGAAGGCUGGCGCAUGGAGUCAGUGCUCUGUGUCCUGUGGCCAAGGCGUGCAGCAGAGGCAUGUGGGCUGUCAGAUCGGGACACACAAAACAGCCAGAGAGAGUGAGUGCAGCUCAUACAGCAGACCAGAGUCGGAGCGUGUCUGCCAAGCCUCACCAUGUCCUCUCUACACUUGGAGGGCAGAGCAAUGGCAACAAUGUACCAAGACAUGUGGUGAAGGCUCCCGGUACCGGCAGGUGGUAUGUGUAGCAGAGGACCAAAGUGAGGUGCACAGCACACACUGUGACUCAGACCAGCGGCCUCCAGACCGUGAGAGUUGCAGCCUACAGCCCUGCGAGUACGUGUGGAUCACAGGAGAAUGGUCUGAGUGCUCAGUGACCUGUGGAAAGGGCUACAGGCAAAGGCUGGUCUCCUGCAGUGAGAUUUAUACCGGCAAGGAGAAUUAUGAAUACAGCUACCAAACAACAGUGAACUGCCCAGGCACACAGCCGCCCAGCGUCCAUCCCUGCUACCUGAGGGACUGUCCUGUCUCGGCCACCUGGAGAGUUGGUAACUGGGGCAGUUGCUCAGUGUCCUGUGGCGUUGGAGUCAUGCAUAGAUCUGUGCAGUGUUUAACUAAUGAAGACCAACCCAGCCACUUAUGUCCCACUAAUAUAAAGCCAGAAGAAAGAAAAACCUGUCACAAUGUUUAUAACUGUGAGUUACCCCAGAACUGCAAGGAGGUAAAAAAACUCAACAGCGCCAGCGUUGAUGGGGAAUAUUUCCUGGCUGUCAGGGGGAAGCCACUAAAGGUAUUCUGUGCAGGGAUGCAUUCUGACUAUCCCAAGGAGUAUGUGACACUGGCCCAUGGUGACUCAGAGAACUUCUCCGAAGUUUACGGGCACAGAUUGCACAAUCCAACAGAAUGUCCCUACAACGGAAGCCGACGAGAUGACUGCCAUUGCCGGAAGGAUUACACAGCUGCUGGCUUUUCCAGUUUCCAGAAGAUCCGAAUAGACCUGACCAGCAUGCAGAUUAUAACCACUGACUUAGAGUUCGCAAGGACAAGUGAAGGACAUCCUGUUCCUUUUGCCACCGCUGGGGACUGCUACAGUGCUGCCAAAUGUCCACAGGGGCGUUUUAGCAUCAACCUUUAUGGGACCGGACUGUCUUUAACCGAGUCUGCCAGAUGGACAUCACAAGGGAAUUAUGCCGUUUCGGACAUCAAGAAGUCUCCGGAUGGUACCCGGGUCGUAGGGAAAUGCGGCGGUUACUGUGGAAAGUGUACUCCAUCCUCUGGCACUGGCCUGGAGGUGCGAGUUUCAUAACUAAGGGGCUCUGAAGAGGAAGCCAUAUGAGAUGGAUGAAGGAUAGUAAUUCAAUACCUCCACCUUAAAUUUGGGUGCAUCUGUGUGCAUGUGUGUGGAUCUGUCUGUGUGUGUGUGUGUGUGUGAAUGUGUGUAUAUGUGUGUACAUAUGCAUAUAUAUAAAUAUAUAUAUUAUAUAUAUAUAGGUUGAGCAUCCCUUAUCUAAAAAUUUAAACUCUGAAAUGCUCCAAAUUCUGAAACCUUUUGAGUGCCAGCAUGAGAUCUCAAAUGGGAAAUUUCGUGCCAUGAAACUUUGUUUCAUACACAAAUUUUUAUAAGUGCCAUACAAAAUUAUAUUUCUGUCAUCCAUGUAAAGGUGCAUAGGAAACAAAAAUGAGACACGCAAUUCUUGGGCACGUAUUGCUCUCUUCCUGAGUACCGUGCUGCUUAAAACCUAUAUUAAAAUCUCCUAGAUUUUAAAUCUUUACAACUCCAUUUAAAGGAAAUAAGCAUAAAUUAAUACCAUGUCACCCCAAAGAGAUCUCGUUUUAAAUAUGAAAAUAUUACCAAGUCUUCAAAAUGUCUGAAAUCCACACUGAUGGUCUCAAGCAUUUCAAUGAGGGAUACUCAACCUGCGGAAUACCCUAAUGAUGUAAAGUUUAAUAUUUAUGUUUGAAAUUAUUUAUUGUGAUGUAAUAUUUUUGUACGUAAAAUGAUUUUAUUGUGACUGCCUGUGCAUGAUGCCCCUCCUUGCAGUCAGACCGCUGCAUUUUACGUACGCUACAUUAUAUGUAGUAUAUGACAAAGUGACUCUUCGUUAUCACGGUACACUGUUGUUUACUUCUUACCUGGAAAUGUGUUUUACUGUUACAUUUUGAAAUUUUUUGUAAUUAUUUUUUUUAACAACUUAGCUGACAUCAAGGUGCUACGUGAGUUGAAUAAGGGUAUUUUUGGCAAUUGUGGGAAUGUUUCAUUAGCCAAUAAGUAAGUUAGCAACAUCACAGGUUGUACCAACUGUUCCUCAUAGUCUCUAUUCCGUUUCAUGUGAUCUCUGGGAAGAAUUGUGCUGCCUUGGUGCUAAUAUUUUAUGUUUUUAAAGUAAUUGUCAGAGUAAAAACUGUAAACACUUAACAAAAGGGAGCAAGAGCUAGAUAAUUCCCAAUGAAUAAAAUCACUUGCUAGAGUGAGACCUACUAUUUACACUUCUUUUUAGACUUGUCUUUCUUUUUUUUAUAAUAGCUGGACUCUUUUCUUACUGUUGUUGUUAGUAAUAUGCUCUACUCUGCUCCAUGGUGCCUUGGACUCCUUUCAAUCAUUGGGAGGGUCUAUCAAUAGCUUCAUUACAGAGUGACACUGGGAAAGGAGGCUCUCCUACUGUUUUGUCACAAUAUCCUCAAAGUUUAUGAGCAGCAAGACAAAGGAUAUACCACAGGAGCAUGGCCUUAACCCCUUGGCAUACUCAUGGCCUUCAGCACCCCUCAGCAUACUCGGAGAACAACAGGAGAUCAACCACCUUUUACCUGAAAACUUUGGCCAAUGAUAUGACUUCCCUUGAGGCUGGGAGCCUAAUACCCUGCCGGGUUUCCUGUGGUCUUCAGCAUUUGUGUGAAAAACAAACUGGUAUCUAAGAUGCCCAGGUCUUUCUGAUCUUCCACGAAUCCACCUUUUGUUACUUCUUUCAGGAAUGAACGUGCUGAGGCAGUGGUCACAAGACAUUUUACUAGAGAAAGCCUUCCCAAGCUUUCCAAGACCAAAGAGAUUAGGAAAACCCUGACAGUAUUCUCCAACUCCACAGAAAUGCCAGAGCACUUGGUGUAUGAACAAGUGUCAUUUUCUAUUGUUAAUACAUGUGAAACAUAUUUUAAAUAAAUAUUGUGACCACAUCCAAACCAUA